AUGGCUGAGUUUUCCCGGCGGCAGGGCUGGAAUCGCGAACAAAGAGAGCGUUUGGAUCGAAUUAAUCAAUCGAUUUUGCGUUGUCGCAGCGAGAUGCGUCAACUAUCCGAACGUAAUACGGAGGUCCUGGUCAGAUUCAGUUCGCUUAGCAAGAAGCGCCUAAUUUUGUCAAAGAAGAUGGCCACAUUGAGUGGGCAAAUCGAGUCACGACGUGUGCGCAAUCUGAAAGAAUUGCUGGUCAUUCUUUUUCCGGUAGAUUUGGCGGUGAGUAGAACUGCUUUUCUUUCAUCUUCCUUAGGGGAACAUCUAAACUGGAUCGGUAAUUUGGUUCACCAAAGUAGAUGA